UGACAAAAAGUACUCCCCCGAAUGGGAGGUCCUAACUGAAACGCCAGUCACGCUCUUUAACAAGUGCAAAGCAACAGCAGAGACCAACAACUCUACGCACCACUUCACUUCUCAACACCACCUCUGCUUCUUCUACUAUUCUUGAUCCACCGGAGAAAUCAUGGCUGGAGUUCUCAAUGUCCCUCAAUCUUCCUUUUUCCGUUCAAUUCCCAGCAAUCAGAAAAUACCCAGGAGAACAAUUUCCAUUAUCAGAGCUACCUCAGAGACUCCUCUUUCUUCUACUUCAACCUCCACCACCACCAAAGAAGACCAGAAGCUGGAGACUUCUUUUACUGUCCCGCCUAAUUUCAAGCCACCAGAGCCCAAGCCGUUCACUGUGAAGGGGGGCCAAACUUUGGAUAUUCUUGGUGCUUCCCUUUCCUUGCUUUUCCGGUUGGGCACUGGUGUUUUCGUUUCAGGGUAUUCUGCAUCUUUUGUUCCCCAGAAUGAGAUUCCACCAGACCAAUAUGCUCUAGGAGUAGCUGGUUACAAAGUGAAAGAGACGUCAAAAGUUGGUCCUCGACCUGAGAAACCUAUUGAGAUAUACGAGUUUGAAAGCUGUCCUUUUUGUCGCAAGGUUAGAGAAAUUGUUGGAGUUUUGGAUAUUGACGUUCUGUUCUAUCCUUGCCCAAAAAAUGGUCCCACUUUCCGUCCCAAGGUUGUUCAGAUGGGUGGAAAACAGCAAUUCCCUUACAUGGUGGAUCCAAAUACUGGAACUGCAAUGUAUGAAUCAGAUGAUAUAAUUAGGUAUCUCGUUGGGAAAUAUGGCGAUGGAAAUGUUCCUUUCAUGUUGUCACUUGGUCUCUUAACGACCUUGACUGAAGGGUUUGCCAUGAUUGGUCGUAUGGGAAAGGGAUCGUCAUAUUCUCCAUCAAAAUUGCCACCUAAACCACUUGAAUUAUGGUCUUAUGAGGGUUCCCCAUUCUGCAAAAUUGUUCGUGAAACACUGGUUGAGUUAGAGUUACCACAUAUUCAGCGCAGUUGUGCUCGUGGCAGUUCCAAACGACAGGUGUUAUAUCAGAAAGCUGGACACUUUCAGGUACCAUAUUUGGAAGAUCCAAAUACAGGGGUGCAGAUGUUUGAAAGUGGCGACAUUAUAGAAUAUCUAAAAGCAACUUAUGCUCAAUAAGCAAAGCCAGCAACAAGCUUUCGCCUUUUUUCUUUCUAAUCAAAUGGAGGGUCAUUAUGCUUCCUACCCAAAGCCUGUUAAAUUAUAUGAUGUAAUUUUUAUUUAUUAUAUGUAUAAAUAUGGAAAGGAGGAAACAAUGGUAUGGACAAAACUAUCCUAGGUUACUCUAAUAAUUACAAAUCUACUUUUAUUUUAA